UUUACAACCAAUAUGCGAGUGUGGAAUGUUACGAAAAUGUUGGCGUUGCUGUUCCCAUUCCCAUUGCCGUUGCCGUUGCCGUUGCGUUCCAUAUGCACAUGCUGAUCUAGGCGAUCCAUAUAGCCAUGUCUGAACUGAACGAAGACCUGAACGAGACCACGACCACUCGGAAUACAGAUCUGCGACUUAUGUGUUAACAUAAAACAGAUGACGAACGGCAGCUGCGACUGCCAAUUUCGCUUCAAAAACUUUCGAGUGGAGAGGAGUGGAGGAAGAAGGCAAGAUGUGGAAGUGGACGUGAACGUGAACGGCGAGCGAGGUCCCUGAUAGAGGCGAAGGCUUCUGCUUGCUGCUUCUGUUUUCUAUCGCAGCACGAUUACUCCCACCCACCCCCCUGCACCCGACGCAACGGCACUGACAUCAUCACUAGCACAUGGAUAUGGGAUGGCGCUGAUUUGAUAAUCUUCAUAAUCCAGAUAAGCUUAAAUUAUUGUCCAGCGUCUAUGACGACGACAACGACGGCGUCCGGCUUUCUACAGCUUAGUGCAGUUUUGCGCCUACAACGGAGACUACCAGACGAGACCUACAGAGAUCGCAAUGGGCCAACGGUCGCUGUUGCUGCUGCUGGCGCUGGUGCUGGUGCUGGGGAUGCUGCAAUGCGGCUCCCUGGCCGGACCCUCGCCCAUACCAACAGCAUCUCCACUGAGGAGAGACCCCCAAUCGCUGGCACUGCUACGGGCCCGUGACCAGUGCAGUGUGCACCUGAGCCACGCCCAGCGAAUGCGCAUGGAUCGGAUGCAGUAUGAGAAUCUGCCGCAUGUGCAGCGAUAUGUUCACUGUUUCUGGUCGCGCCUGCAGCUGUGGCACGACGCCACCGGCUUCGAUGCCCUGCGCAUUGUCCACAGUUUUGGGGGACCGCGGCGACUGAAUGUGGAGCAGGCACUGCCUGCCAUCAAUGGCUGCAAUGCGAAGGCGCGCAGGUUGUCCCAUGGACUUGUCAUGGACUGGUGCUACAGAGCCUUUGCCUGUGUGCUGAGGACGCCGGUGGGCGAUUGGUAUCGCCGGCACAUGGCCGAUGUCAUCAAUGGAAAUGCCUAGGAGGAACCGAAGCGACCGACUCGUCGGUUCUUAUGUAGUAGCCAGUAGGCUGUAGAGAAAAACUUCACGCAUUUCGAUAGGAGAUAGCUGCCAAAAUCACAAAAAAAAAUGUAUGUUCAAACGAUUUGCAGUCACUUCACAACGAAGCCGUUUGCAAAAAUGAAAUCUUCAAAAGCA